UCAUAAUCGACAACAUUGUGGAUGAAACAACAUCUUUAUCUUCAAAAUAGGUGUUCACCGGGAAACGUCUGGAGUUUGCCCCCCUUUUUUACUUCAAGAAUAGAAUAUUUCGUCAUCGUUGGGUGGUUGUAAAAUAAACACGCACGCUCCGAGAGGAUCAUAUAUCUUUUGUAUUUACAAGCUCCAGCACCAUAACGCGGAACCCUAAUCGGCGAGUGCUGUAUAUUUGACUAGCAGAUUUCAUACAGUUCGUUCUGUUACACGAGGUUUUCCGGCUACUAUACCCGAUGUCUGGCGUAUAGCACUAACUCUUGAUGUUAUACAGCGGUGGAUAAUUUUGUCAAAUUCAUGUCAUAUUUUGCGAUCCAGUCAUCCUUCUUGGAACCCAGAUUGUUUUGCUCUGCGAUCAAACAAGUUAAACUUGUCCACGAAGUUGAAGUUGCUUCCAUAACACUGCUUGAUGUUUCAAGAUACAAUAGGCCUACCAUUAUUUUAAACGUCAUCAGUUUUUGAUAACACCGGGGAAUUUCUAGAGCCAUAUUCUGGGAAUUUCAUUAUAUGAAAUAAUUCUUAACAUUUUAACCCCUGGAAAACAUCAUCGGAACAUACAGCUUGACAAAGAAACUUUUUAAAGUAUUCAUUCAUUCGCGCCUUUGGACUGAUCAGAGUUAGUCUCAUUAUACUGGAACAGAAGUCAGAGGUGAAUAUGGCAAGGAUUCUUUCAUUGUAUGCUCUGAUCGUCGUCGUCAUCAUGAAGUCGACGGCAUCGACGGCAGCGACAACGACAGCUGAAGGGACCACUGAAUUAGAAACCAUCAUGAUCACAGGGCCUACGACAGGACCCACGGCGGAUUCUACGACUGAGCCGCCUCAGACGGGGCUUUCGACAGGGCUUAUGACAGGGCCUACGACGGCAACUAUGGGAGAUUCUACGACAGAGCCGCUUCAGACAGGGCUUACGACAUGGUUUACGACAGGGCCUACGACGGUAACUAUGGGAGAUUCUACGACAGAGCCGCUUCAGACAGGGUUUACGACAGGGCCUACGACGGUACCUAUGACGGAUCCUACGACGGAGCUGCCUCAGACAGGGCAUACGACAGGGCUUAUGACAGGGCCAACGACGGCACCUAUGACGAAUCCUACGACGGAGCCGCCUCAGACAGGGCAUACGACAGGGCUUAUGACAGGGCCUACGACGGCACCUAUGACGGAUCCUACGACGGAGCCGCCUCAGACAGGGCAUACGACAGGGCUUAUGACAGGGCCUACGACGGCACCUAUGACGGAUCCUACGACGGAGCCGCCUCAGACAGGGCAUACGACAGGGCUUAUGACAGGGCCUACGACGGCACCUAUGACGGAUCCUACGACGGAGCCGCCUCAGACAGGGCAUACGACAGGGCUUAUGACAGGGCCUACGACGGCACCUAUGACGGAUCCUACGACGGAGCCGCCUCAGACGGGGCUUUCGACAGGGCCUACGACGGGAAUGACGACAGAUUCUAGGGAGGGUUCUUCGACGGAUACUACGACGGAACCUAAGACGGAACCUAAGACGGAACCUCAGACGGAACCUAAGACGGAACCUAAGACGGAACCUCAGACGGAACCUAAGACGGAACCUAAGACGGAAUCUCAGACGGAACCUAAGACGGAACAACCCAGAGUUGGCCCGGUCCCAGAACCAACAUUGCCUGACUUAGAUGAAGAUUCCGCUAAAACUUAUCAAUUCGAAUUCGCUGUAGACGAGGACACAACGAAAGGUUGUAGGAGCGAUAACUUGUCUUCUCCAGCUUGUGAUGCAUUCACGUAUAAUGUGACACAGGAGCUGAAAACUGUGUAUGGAGAGAGUGAUGCCUUCGAGUCUGUUGAGGUUGUUUUAAGAGAAGGCAGCGUAAUCGUAGGCCACACCGUGACUUAUUCGUAUAACAAAAUGACGGACGUACAAAGAAUGGCCUCUGCUCAAGACAUCUACGACGAAACCCUGGGCUCGGCGGUGGCCGACGGGAAUCUCGGAGAUUAUACAGUUCAAAAGGAUUGUGGGAAAUGUGCUUCUCCUGAAGAAACGACCGACAUUCUUAGUGAGGCUGUAAUUGAGUGUGAGUCAGAAUACUCCAAAGCAACUUAUAAACCUUACUACUGGGUUUGUGAAUCGAUUUGCGUCUCCGAAAGCGACUACUGCAAUAGUCAUGGUAUCUGUUGGCAAAGGGACGAUAUAGACACGCAGCCAAUUUGCAGCUGUGAUUGGGAGAAUGGCGUAUGGUAUUGGGGGUACAGGUGCCAGUAUUACAUGAACCAAACGUACCUGAUCAUUGGAUGCUCGUGUGGGGCCGCUGUACUGCUCGUGCUUCUUGUGUGUCUUAUUGCCUGUUGUGUUGUGAAAUCAAAGGCAGUACCUGACAAGGACACCCAAGAGUCUGAUGACGUCAUCAAUGCCUUUCAAAAUUUUGCUUACGAUCACGCCGCCGAGACCGUCGUCUUCCCCCCUAUCGACGACAACAACAUCGAUGAUGGUGAUAUCUUGCAGCGAAGCCGACCCUAUUCAUAUAUCUACAACAAAGGAGAAGGCAAUGCCAACGUAGGGUCGUCCAGCUUUAUCGGAAAUCAAAAUGGCGGCGCUCAGAGGGAGAGCCGACCGGAAGUGAACGAGGACGCCGCCAAGCGACAAUCGAACGGUAGUGCGGAUAACAGGCAUUCUUCGUUAAUGACGCCCAACGGUAGCUCUCAGCAGAGAAACCCAGACUUCUGGGGCAAUCUCAAUGAGCCGUCCGCUGAACAUAUCAAGCUUGAGCCAUUUCUUGAUCAUUAUGAUGAUAACGAUAGUUUCAAGAUUCAGCGACCUCGUAUUAGUGCGCACUACGACUAUUCCAACAACCCUGCUGCACCCAAUAUCUACCAGAGCAUGGACCCUGCUCACACUGAGUAUAUCCCGGAAGCCGACUACGCACAAAGAUGAACUCGAGUCUAGGCCAUAUUAAAAUAACGCAAUACCAUACUGGACUCUAUCUGUUGCCUGUAUCCGGGUAGUGCACCCAAACUGACAUUUUCAGAACAAGAUUCGCAGCUUUCAUUAUCCAGUCGUCGGUCGGAGGAGUUCGAUCUUUAAUGAUCGCACAUGACGCACACAGCUAUACAGUGAUCACAACAUUUCCUUUUUGAUAGCCAUAUUAUGUAACUAUUUCAUUUUCGUUUAUUUGCCAAGAAAAAAAUUCUAUAUCCCCGCGGACGAUUUAAGUGCCUGAAAUACAUCCAUGAAAUACUACACAGAAUAGGCCAUAUUUGUUAUAUUUACCUUUGGUAAAUAAAUUAAUGACUUUUUUCUCUUUCUCUCUUUGCAUUGUAUGUAUACGGAUCCAUAACAUGUUGACAAUACGAUAUUA